GUCAGCAUGCCUUCACCUUCAUGCUGAUCGUAGCCGGACUCUCUCCGUCUAAUGAUUGCGCACAUAUUUAUACAAACACUCCCAAAAGAUGUUCGUUUAUCAAACAAGAGGAACGAAUAUCGUAAAGAAUACUGUUUCCAUUUUCAGUUUAAUCUUCGUCUUUCUUUUCGUUCUUCCUCCAGUUGCAGAGCUUAAUCCAAUUUAUCCGCUGCUUCUUCUGCGUUCUUGUACUGGUUUCAGUCAUUCUGUUCGCUCUCCAAUCGGAAGAAUCUGUUAUAAUUAUGCGAGUUUUUUAGUGAAGCAAAUGGAAACGGACUGUCUUGAUACGCUUUUGAAUACAAAAUUCUUCACUCCUUGCAAUCUUCAUCCUAGUCUCCAGACAUAUAAAUUCUGCAUUGAUUGUAGUGUUAGCUUCUGCACGAAUUGUACAGUCCGUAAUCUUCAUGGGCAGGUUCGUAUCUGGAGAUAUUCCUAUCAUGAUGUUGUGCGCGUUCAGGUAAUGAAGAAUCACUUUUGCUGUGCAGAGAUUCAGGUAUAAUACAUUCUUUCCCUUGUGCCUCCCGUGUCUGGGCCUUGCGACGUGUGCGAGUGCCGAGCAACUUUCCGACUAUAAUUGUCUUUGAUAGAAAAGAUGCCUGAAUUCCAUCUGUUUGUUGCUGAUCUUUUUGCUUAUGUUGUUGAAAUCAUCGACUUUAGAGAUAGGUUUUCCUUUUUUCAUUCAAACAGAUAGUUUUUAAAUUUGUUAGCCAAAUUAUCUGGUUUUUAAGCACUAGUAAUUCUUGAAUCGAAAAUGAUAUGUUCUUGAGGAAAUCUCACCAGCCUGAUUUUGAUCCUUGCCAGUUUGAAUGGAUGAAUAUACAAUUUGAUACUUUGAUUCCUGUCCGAUACCAGUUUUAGUAAUAGGAAUAAAGUUUGUUUGCUAUCGAGUUGUUUUUUGGUUUGUUUUGUAAAAGUUUGCCUUUGUUCUAUGAAUCCAUCUCUAUGCCCCCUAACUUGAAGCCCCCAAUUGCUUGAUUCUGCAGUCAUAUCGAGUCAAUGGUGAAAUAGCUGUUCAUCUAAACUCCCGUGGUCAACCCGUCGACACCAAAUCACCAAAGCGGAAGUUUGGUGAUUUUUGUGAAGAUUGUGGCAGAAGUGUAAAUGAUCCUCAUCCCUUCUGUUCCAUCGCUUGCAAGGUUUCUGUGAACUCAAAGUUCAAGGAACAGAUCAUUGGAACCAUCAUAUAUCCGAGCCCGGAAUCCAUUUACUUAUCAUUCAAGGAAAAAAGCAGCCCAGAAACAGAAGCAUGGGAAUUGGAAUCAACCAUAUCAGUUGCAGAGUCCACAGAAGAGACCCAAGCUACCUCUUCAUCUUCAAGGCCAAGAAAACGCAGAAGGAAAGGCAUCCCUCGCAGGUGUCCAUUUUUUUGACAAGAAGAUAAGAUGCAACAUUUUCAUCUCCUUUUUAACUUCCUUGUGGCUCUCAAAUGGUAUGCUUCUUAAUUUUUAUUUACCUUGACUCGUAUAUUUCAUAGAAUGUCUAGUAGCGAAAUGAAAUCAUCAAUAUAAAAGCCAGAAUUGUAGAUCUCUUUGCUGCUGCAUGGUUUUUUAAAUUUCUUUUUCAAGUUUUGACAAGAUUAGUUGGUUGACAAAGCUGAUAUUAACAUAUAUUCUUUUACACUAAUUCUUUGCCUCGUCCAUGGCGAGUCUUGGCCGCUACCGACGAUGGCGACGUGGGAAGGAUGGAGGUGUUUAUGCACGCAGCGAUGAUGGGAGGAGGUAAUGGAGGUGUUUAUGCACGCAGCGAUGAUGGGAGGAGAUGAGAACUGUCAAGGUCAGCAAUAUCUCAAAAGCUACUUCUGAGAGAGAUAUCAAAGAAUUCCUUUCAUUCUCUGGUCAAAUCCUUUAUGUUGAAAUGCAAAGAGAAACUGAAAAUACUCAGGUUGCUUAUGUUACAUAUGAGGAUUCUCAAGGAGCAGAUACUGCAAUACUUUUAACUGGUGCAAAAAUUGGUGAUCUAUUUGUAUCAAUUACUCUGGUUGAGAAUUACCAUCUUCCACCUGAAGCAAUGUCAUCAAUCCUGGAUAAAAGGAAAACUGCUACCAGGAUUGCUCCGAGUCAGGCUGAAGACGUUGUAAGUACAAUGCUCGCAAAAGGCUUCAUCUUGGGGAAGGAUGCUCUCAACAAGGCAAAAGCGUUCGACGAACGACUCCAAUUGACAUCAAACGCUUCUGCAACUGUCGCUUCCAUUGACAGGAAGAUGGGUAUAACUGAGAAAAUAACUGCAGGCACAGCAGUGGUGAAUGAAAAGGUCAGGGAGAUGGAUGAAAUGUUCCAGGUUACGGAGAAGACGAAAUCCGCUCUAGCAGUUGCCGAGCAGAAGGCAAGCAACGCUGGGACUGCGCUCAUGAGCAACUAUUACGUGUUAACUGGAGCAGCUUGGUUUUCAAAUGCUGUAACUGCAGUUACAAAAGCUGCCGAGGAAGUGACCCAGAUGACAAAGGCAAAAGUCGAGAAAGCCGAGGAGGAGAAAGAGGAGAGUAUAUACCACGAAAGAACCGGGAUCAUCAAUAACUUCGCCGAGUUCCAUCUCGACGAGCCUUUACCGGGGGAGCCUGCUAUUGUUCCAGUUAAUUCAGCUGAUAGAUAGACAGUAAGUUGUGAAUCAUACGCAUGAAAACCUACACUUGUGAAAUACAUUGCUUUCCCCAAUCAACUGUAUGAUAUAUACAUUUUCAUCUAGAGGUGCUCCAAUUACAGGGUUUACUUCUUUAUACACCUGCUCCUGUUGAAAUGUCAUGACGUUCUUUUGAGUGAAAAAUUCACUUUUUGAAUA